CUCCAUUCCCUCAUAUCCACUUUUAGCAAGAAAGGGUGGCCACCAUCCUAAAAUGGAGAAAACAAGGCCCUCAGACCAAGUUGUUCUGUUCUUGGACCAGCAUAACCCUAAACCACCCUCUAUAGAGUCCGAAAACCAUCAAAAUAAACCUAAACACCCCUUAAAGGUCAGAACUCUUAACCGUCUCAGCUUCUCAAAACCCAAAUCCCGAAUCCUAGAAUACAACUAUAAUGUCCCCCGCAACAAAGUUGCAAUCUCUGAAGAAAUUAGUGACGUUAUUCAACCCACCUAUAAGCUCUCGUCCAACGAUGACGACAAAGAGGACGACGAAGAUGAUUGCGAAUGGGAUGAGGACGAGACGGAGGAGGAUGGUUCGGAGCAUGGCCCAAAGUUGCACCAAAAGAGGAAGUGCAAAAUCAAGUGGAGGCUCAUGAUGGAGUGGAUUUUGUUCCUAAACAUAUUGACAUGCUUGGUAUGUUCUUUGACCAUAUCUUCCAUAACCAACAUGCACCUUUUGGGAUUGGAGAUUUGGAAGUGGUGUUUGAUGGCAAUGGUCACAUUCAGUGGCCGUUUGGUUUCGGGGUGGCUGGUAGGUCUAACGGUGUUCAUCAUCGAGCGAAACUUCAUGCUCCGAGAGAAGGUACUGUACUUCAUCUACGGGCUCCGAAAGAGCAUAAGAAACUGCAUGUGGCUAGGCCUGGUGCUACUCUCCUACUGGAGCGUGGUGUUCGACGACGUGCAAAAGAAGAACCACAAGUUCCUCAACAAGGUCUUCCAAGCCCUAGUAGCAGUCUUAGUUGGGGCCACCAUCUGGCUCCUGAAGAUCGUGCUGGUGAAGAUGCUGGCGUCCUCGUUUCACGUCACCACCUACUUCGACCGAAUGAAGGAGAGCGUCUUCCAUCACUACAUCUUGGAGACCCUGUCGGAUCCACCGAUGAUGGACGAUGUCGCCGAACAGCAGCACCAUCUCACCAGGUGGAACAACGCCAGGAACUUGAACAAGUCCAAGAAGUUUGGGUCAAGGAGGAUUGAUAUGGAGAAGCUGAGGAAGCUCAGCAUGGAGAGCACCGCUUCGGCGUGGAGCGUGAAGAGGCUUGUGAACUACGUUAGGUCUUCUGGGUUGUCCACUAUUUCAAGGACUGUCGAUGAUUUUGGCAACGCCGAGUCUGAGAUUAAUAGUGAGUGGGAAGCUAGGAACUGUGCUCAGAGGAUUUUCAAGAACGUUGCCAAACCUGGUGCCAAGUAUAUUGAAGAGGAGGAUCUCAUGAGAUUUUUGAAGAGGGUUGAGAUACACACCAUAUUUCCCCUCUUUGAAGGCGCUCUCGAAACGGGACAUAUCAGCAGGUCUUCAUUUAGAAAUUGGGUGAUUCGAGCAUAUUAUGAACGAAAAGCUCUAGCACAAUCAUUGAAUGAUACCAAAACAGCAGUGCAGCAGCUUCACAAAAUAGCAAGCGCAAUCGUUAGUGUGAUAAUAAUCAUUGUGAUGCUCUUGGUGAUGGAGGUGGCUACGCUCAAGAUAAUAUUAUUUUGUAUUACACAAACUGUUUUGAUAGGUGUUGCUUUCCAAGGUACCUGCAAGACUGUAUUGGAGGCCAUCAUCUUUGUCUUCGUCAUGCACCCUUUUGAUAUUGGAGACCGCUGCGUCAUUGAUGGAGUUCAUAUGAUUGUGGAAGAGAUGAAUAUCUUGACAACAGUGUUUCUUCGAUAUGACAAUGAGAAAAUAUACUACCCUAACGCAGUUUUACUCUCUAAGCCUAUAAGCAAUUUCUAUAGGAGUCCAGAGAUGUGUGAUUCAAUUGAUUUCACCAUUGAUGUAUCAACUUCUAUGGAGACCAUCCUUGCACUCAAGAAAUCAAUACAAAUGUACAUUGAGAGCAAGCCAAAGUAUUGGAAUCCAAAACACAGCAUGAUAGCAAAAGGAAUUGAGAAUAUGGACAAGCUAAAGUUGUGCUUAUCUGUGCAACAUACCAUCAACCAUCAGAACUACGGUGAACGAAACGUCAGGAUAACAGAGCUUCUCUUGGAACUGAAGAAGAUCUUUGAGAUUCAUGGUAUUAAGUACCAUCUUCUUCCUCAAGAGAUCCAGAUAACCCAUAUGAAUAUUGAACAUGGCAAAGUUUUGUUUCAAUCAUGAAGUGCAAUUUCCAUCUCUUUGCAUUUCCCAUAAAUAAUUACCACGACAAUCACUUGGAUAAAUACUUUCAAAUUAUCUUGAUUUCAAACAUCAAUUCUACUAUGCUCUAUUUUGCUGGUGGUAUAUAUGCAUUAUUAAUUUUAUAAAUAGAAUUUACUUAAUUACCAUACUUUUUAUGGUGUGGUAUACAUUCUAUAUUGUUUUGUG